UACUUAUUUAAGAGCAGAAUGGAGAGAUGGAGGGAUGCUUUCCCAAUGUCCCAAGAUUGGGAUGGUUUUAGUCAUUGUUUCUGAGCUGGGUGUUUCUUAUAAAUGUCACUUUAUGAGGAGGGGCUCUAUGAAACUCCAGCUCUAUGGAGCUUUGCAGCCUUCCUGUCCAUUAUCUUGUUAUGACACUGAGGCUGUAGCAGCCGGUAAUUAGAUCAGAGCGUGGAAAGUCAGGGGGAGAAACUGGAAUGAAUUAUUUUCUUAAAAGAAGUGGUCAUUCAAUGGGAGAAAAUCCGAGUCACCCACAAUUUCCUUGUCCAAGUUGCAAAAGGAUGGGUCGGCCAGGAUCCAAGAAUAGGAAGGGAGAGAAUUCAGCUGGGGUCUGAAGCUGGUGUGGGAGCAAAUUCCCGAAUAUAGAAUGUGAAACAAACUAGUCCAGGAGACGCGAGCAGCCUCGGGAAGGGCGUUGAGUAGGCCCAGCAUCUCGCAAGGACAUAGGGGCACCAGGAGGAGGUCGACACUCCUCUGACCCAGGCUACGCCUCUCUCCGGACACCACCGGCUGAAGGUGGUCCUACUCCAGCUUUGAUUUGAUCCUCCUUGCGGAACAAGCUGACCCCCCUUCUCACCCGCCCCGUUACCAGUUGUCCCCAGCCCUCGUGGGUGCCGGCAGAACCCGUCCUCCUCAUCCACUCCUGGGAGGUCAGAGCCUUCGCCCCGCACUCCUGGGACACCCCGAGUCCGGGCCGCAUCUGCGCCGUCGGAGACCCAACACCCUCGGAAUUCACUAGCAGCUUGGUCCUUCCAGGUGAUGGUGCGCGGCCACCGGCGCCCCUGGUGUGCAGGUGUGGGCUCUCCGAAUUGGGCUGGGGAGGGGGCUUUGGGCCAAGCGCUGGCAGCCUCGGCAGGCGUGGAAACCAAGCCCCACGCUCCCCGGACGACUCCAAACUCCGCGCCCUUCACUACUAGCGGCUUCAAGAAACGGUUCCCAGACCGGAUUUGCUCUAAGAGGGGCACCAGGCGAUCUGUAGAUCUGGAUGAAGGAGCCUUGGAUUUUAAGCUGAGCAGGCAAAAAGGGGCCCCUGUUAAGGGCUGUGAGGCCCGCACGGGGGUCCGUGGAGUGCGGUGCUCCGGGAUGCCUCGGGCUCCGCCCGCGUCCCUCCCUGGGCAGAAUGAGUUACUUCCUGUCUUACUGCAAGGCUCAUGGCGGCGCGCUACUCACCGGCUACCAGGCCCUUCGCGCUGAGGGCUUCCUGUGUGACGUGAUACUGGAGGCCGAGGGCAGCGAAUUCCCUGCGCACAGGUCGCUCCUCGCGUGCUCCAGUGACUAUUUCAGGGCCCUGUUCAAGAGCCACACUCGGGAAUCUCGGGAGCGCGUAAUCCACUUGCACGUGCCGUCGGCAGCAGGCCUACAGCGCCUGCUGGACUUCAUCUACACCGCCUGGCUGUCGCUCUCCAUGGACACCUUAGAGGACACAUUGGAAGCUGCUAGCUACCUGCAAGUCACCGAGGCCCUGGGGCUGUGCGGGCGCUACCUUGAGCGCCAGCUGGCUCCAGAGAACUGCUGCUUCGUCGCUAAUGUGGCAGCGCGCUUCGGCCUGGCUCACACCCUGGAUGCGGCCGAGCGCUGCAUUGUGAGCCACUUGCGGGACCUGCUGACGCGGGGCGCGGGUCCAUCAGGACUGCUAGAGCUCAACCCUGCGUCCCUGAGGGCCGUGUUGGGGGCGUCCGACUUGGCACGGGUGUCCGAGGCCUGGCUGCUGGGCCUGGCGCUGGCCUGGCUGCGGCAGGAGCCCGCGGCAGAUCGCCGGGCUCACUGCGCAGCGCUGCUUGAGCGCGUGCGCUUCGGCCUGGUGCCUGCCGACGUGCUGCGGCGCGUGUACUCGGGCUCCGGCCUCGUGCUGCCCGCCCGGGUGAAGGGCCUCAUCAUCCAGGCUCUGAACUACCACACGGCGCCUUCCCGUCAGCCGCUCAUGCAGGGCGAGCAGACCAGCGUCCGGAGCCCCCAGACCCGCAUUUUGUUGGUUGGGGGACGGAGGGCGCGGGAGGCGGUGACGGAGGAGGUUGUGGUCCCAAGGGCGCCAGCUAGGGGCCGGGUUGCCGCAGUGGAGCCCGAGGAGGAGGAAGAGGAAGAGGUAGAAGAGGAGGAGGAAGAAGAGGAGUGGGAGCUCACCCAUAACGUCGUGGCCUUCGACGUGUAUAAUCACUGCUGGCGCAGCCUUACCCGGCUGCCCACUCCGCUGCUGGGGCACAGCGUGUGCACCGUGGGCAACUUCCUGUUUGUCCUGGGCGGAGAGUGCCCUUCCCACAGUGCCUCUGUUUCCGCCGAUGCCCAGCUAGCAGUCACACCCCGGGUGCACCGCUACGACCCGCGCUUCCACGUUUGGACGGAGGUGCCCGCCAUGCGGGAAGCGCGGGCCCACUUCUGGUGCGGCGCUGUGGGCGAGAGGCUCCUGGCUGUUGGGGGUCUUGGGGCGGACGGCGAGGCUCUGGCCUCGGUGGAGACGUACGACCUACGUUGGGACCGCUGGACGGCGGCCGGGGCGCUCCCGCGGGCUCUGCACGGCCACGCGGGGGCUGUCGGGGACCGUGGUGUCUUGUACAUAUCUGGGGGCAAGGCGGGGAGAGGUGAGGGCGGCGCGAGCAGCCUCCGGGACUUGUACACCUUAGGUCCUGGGGAGCAGGUGUGGAGCAAGAAGGCGCCCAUGGGCACGGCCCGCUUUGGGCACCACAUGGCAGUGCUGCGCGGCGCCGUGUUCGCUUUUCUGGGGAGAUAUGAGCCUUUCUCCGAGAUUGAGCGCUAUGACCCUGGCACGGACCAGUGGACUCGGUUGCGGCCGCUACCCUACGACCGCUUCUCCUAUGGGUUGGCCGUGGUGGAGGAGACUGUGCUUCUGCUAGGCGGCCUUAAGUGGCGGGACUCGCGCCAGGUACCUACCCGCAACGUGGUGGGCUAUGACCUCGACCUGGAUCGCUGGGAGGACAUUGGCUGCGCGCUGCCCUGGGCCUGGAGCGGCCUGCAGUGCGCAGUGCUGCAGCUGGCAGAGGGUGGGGACGAGGAAAGGGAGAGAGAGCCUUCAGAGGCUCUAGAUUUAGUGCUGGGCUGAACCAUUCAGGGUUAGUACAAACCUCCCCAGCAAGAGGAGAAAAUAACACUUGAUCAGUCUUACAGAACAACAAGGGGCUUUUCCUGAGAUAUGGUAACUCUAGGAGCACAGUGGCUUCUGAAGGUUAAAGAGGCAAACAAGGCCUUGGCCAAAGAGGAAUAUUUCCCUUUGAGCUGCCAAUGGGAGACAGGAGGGGUCAAAUAGAAGUAUGCAUGAAUCAGCUUCAGUGAGCUGUUUUUUUUUCUCUUAGUGUUUCCCUAGGUGCAAAAGUGAUUAUUUUGUGCCAAAGAAAAAGGCUAAAAAAAUGCACCACAGAAAGUUAUAUACAAACCCCAGAAAACUGUUAUAAAGGCUGUAAUAAAGUCCUAGAAGAUGGCAUUAUCUUAAUAAAUAGUGGAGGGGAAGUGUCUUCGUUACAUAGCAUGAAGUCAUUGAAUGAGAACUGUGAUGUUCUGAUCCAGAGCCAUGGUUAUAGUUCUGAUCUGAUGGUUUGAUAUAAAUAUGGAACUGAGAGAGAAAAAAAUCUCCAAGAAGCAGUUUUUUUUUUUUUUCCUAGAAAGUGUCCUCAGUUACAUAUUCUGUUGUCAGGCCCCAGCCUUUGGCUGCCUUUGCCUUGGGUUUAGGCAGCUUACUGGUUUUAAGUCAUAUUUCAGCAACCUUUAGCUAAUAAACCAGGUUCCUCCAGUUAAGUGGACUAUCUAACCAAAGCAAACAAAACCCUAUUUCUUUCAUCCUUUUAAAAUGUUCAUUCUGCAGACAUGCUAUAAGUUAUAUUUUUAAAAAUUGAUUUAUUUUCAGUGGUUCUCCCUACUUUUCCAAAUGAAUCACAGAAAAAGGAAGGAGGAGUAGGUGAAGUUUUAAAUUGUGUCAGGUAAAUGGAAAAUGAGCUUGAUUUUUCAGGGUUUCAGAGAAGAUACUUGGGUACUCUGAACACAUACUGCUGCUUGUUUGUGCCACCAAUGUAAGGACUUUGCAUGAAUAAAGUAGGUGCCUUAUAAGGAUUCAUUAAGAGCUGAAUUUAUUUGACUUCAGUUUACAGUGCUGCCUCUCUCCUAGAUUGGAAACGAAUGCAAUAAAAUGUACAGAUAUUA